GUCCACGGUCACCCUGAAGAUGCUGGCCCACCUCCUCUCUGGUCACAGGACCAUUGCCCGUGCCAGGUGCUUUAUGCAAACGAGGCUCUACUUCAUCCUGGGCACAGUGGAGUCCUUGCUGCAGGCUGUGAUGUCUGGGGACUGCUACCUGGCCAUCUGCCGCCCGCUGCACUAUCCCACUCUCAUGAAUCCCCGGGUGUGCAGCUGGCUGGUGCUGUCCUGCUGCGUCACCAGCGUCUUGUUCCUCGGGGCGCUGUGUGCCUGGAUGUUCUUCCUGCACUUCUGCGGUCCCCGCAUCCUCAACCACUUCUUUUGUGACAGCACCCCCUUGCUGGAGCUGGUGUGUGAUGACACCAGGAUUCUGCAGCUGGUCAGCUUCCUGGUGGCCGUGUGCACCCCGGUCAGCACUCUGCUGGUGACGGUUUUGUCACACUGCUGCAUCAUUCGCACUGUUCUGCACCUGCCCGUAUCUGGGGGCCGCAGCAAGGUCUUCUCUACCUGAUCCUCCCACACGCUGGUGGUGUCGCUCAGCUACGGGAGCUGCACAAUCAUGUACCUGAAGCCCAUGCAAACUGGGCACCUGACCCUCAACAAAAGAGUGGCUCUCUUCAACACCAUAGUGUCACGCCUGCUGAAUCCCUUCAUCUACCGCUUCAGAAAUG